AUGUCACAAAUUGAGACUGUCUCCGCCUUUGUGGAGGGAGCUCCUCCUGGCGAGCUCGCCGAUGUCAUUGCCGAUAUCAAAGCCUUGACGGCGUCCUCGCCAGACAUUGUCUCUCAGUUGACGCCCGCCUUCGAGAAGUAUAAUGAGGAACAACUCGUUACGGUGAAGCUGCCUGGUAGCAGCCAACCGGUCGUGAUCAGCUCGCACAGCUCCCUCGGCGACGGACGAUACUACGAUGUGGAAAGCUCGUCGAGCUUCGCUUUUGACCACGCAACACAGGCAUCUAGUGCUGUGCAAAGCCAUGCUAUCGAGGGAGCUCAGACAGAUCUCGUGAAAUCGACGCUGAAAAGCUUGGCGACAUAUGUCAAGGAACACUUUCCGAACGCAUCAUUCGGCGCAUACCCCAUCGAAUCCGACUCGAAAGUAGCUAUUAUCAUUGUGGCCAACAAGUAUAGCCCGAACAACUUCUGGAACGGAAGAUGGCGGUCGCUGUAUGUAUUCGACCCAGCUUCUGGAAGCCUGGAAGGAUCCAUCAAAGUCGAUGUUCAUUACUACGAAGACGGCAACGUCCGUCUGCUCACCAACAAGCCAGUCACAGCUUCCGUCCCUUCUGGAACAGGUGCCGGAAUUGCCAAGGAAAUCUCAGCCUCGGAGAAGAAGUACCAAGAGGAGCUGAACAAGAGUUUCGUCAGCUUGAGCGAAGGCGCAUUCAAGGGUCUGAGACGACAGUUGCCUGUCACGAGACAAAAGAUUGAGUGGGAUAAGGUGACGAGCUACAGGCUGGGACAGGACAUCGGUGGCGGCAGCUCCAAGCGAUAG